AGCUGCGGCGUGGCCCAUCCCGCUGGGGCCAGGCUGGCCCUGCCUCCCUGGUGCCCGCUCGCUGUCCCCAUGCCACACAGCAUUUGUCAGCUGCGGCUGUGGGGCAGGGCAGGCAGCCAGAUGGCUAUAUUUAGCCACAGCAACAAACCAGGCAGUGCAUCAGCUGACUGGAGGCAGGGAGCCUGGUGCACGUUUGGCUCUGUGCUGGAAACAGGCAGGGAGGGAGCAGGGCAGAGCCGUGAGAGCCAGGGGAGCUGGAAGCCGCCACCCGUCCCUGCAGAGCAGGCAGCAGCCAUGGCACCCCGCAUAAGACUGGGCCUUUCAAAGCCUCUCCCAACCAUAUGUGAAACCCAUGAGGAAGCAGUGGAAGAUUCAACCAACAGCCUGAAGGGCUCUGGAAGCACUGCAGCCAGCCCAGACUUGCACUCCAGUGACGAUUACAUUCAGUCCAUCUGCCACCUGGCCAGACCUACCUUCCCAGGCCUUCCUGAGAGCAGCAGUAAGGUUGAGGGCAGGAGAAUCCUGAAGAGCUCUGAAGACAUGUCAUGGUCUGCAGCCCUUGGGGGGAUGCAGCAGGAAACACCUGAACGUAAACUGAGCCAUUUCAUCUCAAACGUGGUGCCACUGGGAAAAGUGAUGUCUGCAGAAGCUGACUUCUGGGCCAGAGAGGACCCCUUGGCUCAGAUCUACACCUGUGCAGGAAAGCUCUGCUCCUCCAAGGCUUCUUCCUAUGGUUCCAGCACUAGUUACUCACGGUACUUUUCCACCCCAAACAAUGAACUUCAUCCCCCAGCCACGAAAGGAAAAGCCACAGAGAACCCAAACUUUCCAGGAGUGUUCAGUUUCCCAAGGCUUCCCUCCCCAAGACCUGCACAGAAAGAAGCAGUCUGCUCGGGGGGGAAAAACCUGAGGAGAGAUGAGGGAGCAGUGCUAGGGAACAACCAGAGGCAGAAGGGACACAGCACCUCGCUCAGUACCAGUGAAGAGCCACCCUCAGGGAGAGGCAGGCUGGUAGGAACCCCAGCCUGGCACUCGUCUGUAGGAAGGCAGGGCUCUUUGUCCAGUACAGCAGGCACUGCUGGAAAAGAAGGGAGAGGAACACCUCACUGUGACCAAGAUGUAAUGGGUGAUGUCCCCACCAAGCAGAGAUACUCCAAGCUUUUCCAGGUACCUAAGAAAGCCAUGAUCCAUAACUGGAUUGCAGAGCACAGAUGCAUUUGGAAAGAAGCUAAGGUAAAAGCUUGUUUGCUCCCAGCCAUUGCUGAAGUGUGAAGAAGAAGCUGCUCAGAUAAUUUCAUUCACAGGAUAUAAACCUCCUGUGCUCUAGAAGCUCUCCCUGGGGUCCUUACACAGAAACAUGUGCAUGCAAGUCAGGCAGACUUUUGUGACCCAUCAUCUCCCUCAUCAGUGAGCAAAGGGACAAUUCAGUCUCAUCCCCUCAGGAAACAAUCAGUUCUCAUUUUGGAAAGGCAUCUCCCCCACCUGUUGCCUGGAACUGCCCUGACCUUGAAAAGAAGCUGGAGAGAGGACAAACUUCAUCUGUUCUAGAGGAGAAGCAAUGUGUGAUACCAUCAAAGCACUGCUGUUUUCCAGCAGAGGCCAAGCAGCCAGACGUGGCUCACACUUGGGUCUGGCUGCUCUGAAAGGGACCUUUUGAGCAAUGCUUGGGCAGUUCUAAAUGUGCUCCCUCCAACGUAUGUGCUUAGGAGGAGACCCAGCUGCAGACCGCUCCUCCAGCACCAGACACCACAGCACAGGUCACCUCCUAGUGCAGCACUGCAGAGAAGCUGCUCCUUGUAGUUACAAGGAGUCUUUCACUGGGAUUUGCUAGAGGGCAGCAUGGAGGAUAUGACAACUCUUCCGGGAGAGGAUUUUCCUGUUGCUUACCCUGGCACUACUUUGUCACUCUUACUCCUUGAUUUCCCCUUGGCAGGAGACAAGCUAGGAGCACUGGGUGGGCAUGGCUGUGCCACUGCUGCAGCUCUCCUGGAGCUGUAACAUCCUGCAAUGCCAGCUGUGACAAAGACAGGUAUUGUGCUGGUCUCUGCCCUGUCACACCCACACCAGUCAGGCUGCACACCAUGAGCACCCACAGCAGCCAGGCUGUGCACCAUGAGCACCCACAGCAGCCAGGCUGUGCACCAUGAGCACUCACAGCAGCCAGGCUGCAGACUAUCAGCACCCACAGCAGCCAGGCUGUGCACCAUGAGCACUCACAGCAGCCAGGCUGCAGACUAUCAGCACCCACAGCAGCCAGACUGUGCACCAUGAGCACUCACAGCAGCCAGGCUGCACACCAUGAGCACCCACAGCAGCCAGGCUGUGCACC